AUGCCGCCUUUGGAGUAUGUAGGUGGCACUGCCGUCAAUGGCGUCUCGAGCAAGUGCCAGUCGCCGGAAGGCAAUACCACGCAGAACGGUCGUCAAGAUGCUGAUGACGAAGACGACAUGCCCCCGUUAGAGUAUGUGGGCAACACACCAGCUAAAUCCAGCAGAUCUCCGGCGUUGAAGCCUGACGAGGAGGAUGACAUGCCUCCACUGGAGUAUGUGGGUGCAAGUGCUCCUCUUGAGGUACCUUUGCGCGAGGGUGACAGAGUUAUGCUGAAAGGGUUGUCCAAGAAAGAGCUCAACGGCCAGAAAGGCAUUCUGCAAAGCUUCGAGCAAUCGAAACAGGGCAGGCUGGCCGUGAAGCUAGAUUCAGGUGAGCGCCUGUCCAUCAAGCCGGAAAAUCUUUGCAAGUUGGACUCUGCAAGCAAUGGCAGUUUUGUUGAUGUGCGGCAAGAAGCUGCUGAUUCAGACAUGCCGCCUUUGGAGUAUGUAGGUGGCACUGCCGUCAAUGGCGUCUCGAGCAAGUGCCAGUCGCCGGAAGGCAAUACCACUCAGAACGGUCGUCAAGAUGCUGAUGACGAGGACGACAUGCCUCCACUAGAGUACGUGGGCAACACACCAGCUGCAUCCAGCAGAUCUCCGGCAUUUAAGCCUGACGAGGAGGAUGACAUGCCUCCACUGGAGCAUGUGGGUGCAAGUGCCCCUCUUGAGGUACCUCUGCGCGAGGGUGACAGAGUUACGCUGAAGGGGUUGUCCAAGAAAGAGCUCAACGGCCAGAAAGGCAUUCUGCAAAGUUUCGAGCAAUCGAAACAGGGCAGGCUGGCCGUGAAGCUAGAUUCAGGUGAGCGUCUGUCCAUCAAGCCGGAAAAUCUUUGCAAGUUGGACUCUGCAAGCAAUGGCAGUUUUGUUGAUGUGCGGCAAGAAGCUGCUGAUUCAGACAUGCCGCCUUUGGAGUAUGUAGGUGGCACUGCCGUCCAUGGCGUCUCGAGCAAGUGCCAGUCGCCGGAAGGCAAUACCACGCAGAACGGUCGUCAAGAUGCUGAUGACGAAGACGACAUGCCUCCACUAGAGUACGUGGGCAACUCACCAGCUGCAUCCAGCAGAUCUCCGGCAUUGAAGCCUGACGAGGAGGAUGACAUGCCUCCACUGGAGUAUGUGGGUGCAAGUGCCCCUCUUGAGGUACCUUUGCGCGAGGGUGACAGAGUUAUGCUGAAGGGGUUGUCCAAGAAAGAGCUCAAUGGCCAGACAGGCAUUUUGCAAAGUUUCGAGCAAUCGAAACAGGGCAGGCUGGCCGUGAAGCUAGAUUCAGGGCAGUGCGUAUCAAUCAAGCCUGAGAACUUGUCCAAGAUGGAAUCCCCAAGCAAUGGCAGUUUUGUUGAUGUGCGGCAAGAAGCUGCUGAUUCAGACAUGCCGCCUUUGGAGUAUGUAGGUGGCGCUGCCGUCAAUGGCGUCUCGAGCAAGUGCCAGUCGCCGGAAGGCAAUACCACUCAGAACGGUCGUCAAGAUGCUGAUGACGAAGACGACAUGCCUCCACUAGAGUACGUGGGCAACACACCGGCUGCGUCCAGCAGAUCUCCGGCGUUGAAGCCUGACGAGGAGGAUGACAUGCCUCCACUGGAGUAUGUGGGUGCAAGUGCUCCUCUUGAGGUACCUUUGCGCGAGGGUGACAGAGUUACGCUGAAAGGGUUGUCCAAGAAAGAGCUCAACGGCCAGAAAGGCAUUCUGCAAAGUUUCGAGCAAUCGAAACAGGGCAGGCUGGCCGUGAAGCUAGAUUCAGGUGAGCGCCUGUCCAUCAAGCCGGAAAAUCUUUGCAAGUUGGACUCUGCAAGCAAUGGCAGUUUUGUUGAUGUGCGGCAAGAAGCUGCUGAUUCAGACAUACUGCCGUUGGAGUAUGUAGGUUCUGCAUCUCCGGGCAGAGGCUCGGCGAUCCCCAUUGCACACAGAGAGCAAGCAGAGGUGGAUGAUAUGCCGCCCUUGGAGUAUGUAGGGCAGGAUUCAUCAGCUGGAUUAUCGCUUCUAGAAGGCGAUAGGGUCCGACUCAAAGGGCUUUCCAAGGCUGGCUUGGACGGACAAACAGGGAAGCUCCAGAGCUUCGACCGAGCAACCAAGGGACGACUUCCCGUGAAGUUAGAUUCUGGUCAGCUGCUGGCAGUGAAACCAGACAAUUUAGAGAAGAUGGCCUCAGAGAGUCGGAAUGGCCCGGCGGUCGCCACUUGCCAGAGUGUGUCGAGGAAGGACACUGGCGAGUCAACCCUUUCAAAAGGCCGGAAGACUGCCGUGAGCAACGGCAAGUCCGCGGACGGCACCACUUCUUGUCACGACAUGGUCGGGCAAGACGAGGACCUGCCUCCGCUGGAGCCCGCGGACGGCUCUGUUUCAACUUGUACCGUGCAGACGGUUGGCACGGGUACCGCAGAGAACCGGAAUUCCGGAAAGCAGGUCGGCAGCUCCAGGCAUGUCAGGAGUGCCGGUGCCAUGCCUCCCUUGCAGACCCUUGGCCAGGUUGAUGUGUCAGGGCAACACCAUCGGCACGAAGUCCAACAACCACCUGUGAGUUUACCAGCAGAGAAUGCCGGGUGUCGCGAGUUGGAUCAGAAAGAGGAGCUGCAGGUGCUUCGACGAGAAGUUCAGGACUUGCGCUCGAGCCACAUUCCGUCGCUUUUUCAACAGUGCAUGAAGGCAAUGCAAGACGAGUUGACUGCCGUGCGUGGGGAGGUGAAGAGGCUUGGCAAGACCCUGGAAGCAGUCCAAGCAACACGUUCUCCUGUCAGAGAGAACUCUGAGAAGACGGAGGUGUUGGCAUUGAAAGCACAAGUCAGCGAGUUGCAGGAGCAGGUCAGGAUCAUGAAGGAGACCUUGGACACGAACGGCGUCAAGAAGCUGCCAUAG